AUGUCUCCAGCCAAGCCUCUUGUUCUAUUCUUCAGCCCCGUCCGACAUGCUACAUCGACGUAUGAGCAGCUACAGCAAGUGGCCCAGACGGAGGUUGUGACCAGCCAAAGCAGGGAUGAAUUCUUUGAUGACGUGGCGACCAAGUACCAGAACGUUUUCGCAAUCUAUCGGACAUCUGCUAGUGGCUCCGUAGCCGGAAAGUUUGAUGCUGAUCUCAUCAAUCGUUUGCCCGCUGGCUGCCGAUACAUCUGCCACAAUGGCGCAGGAUACGACCCUAUUGAUACAGCUGCCUGUGCAAAGAGAGGCAUCAUUGUCACUAACGCGCCCGACCCAGUUACCGAUGCCACUGCCGAUCUGGCUAUCUUCCUCCUUCUAGGGGCUCUGCGACAGCUGAACCCGGCCAUUUUUUCAUUGCGUGCUGGAACAUUCAAAAACGGCGUCGAUUUCGGCCACGAUCCUCAGCAAAAGUUACUUGGUAUUCUGGGUAUGGGUCGAAUUGGACGCGCAAUCAAGGCUCGCUGCGACCCAUUUGGCCUCAAGUCAAUUUAUCACAAUCGCAACCCGCUGUCACCUGAAGAAGCGGCUGGCGCCGAGUAUGCUUCCUUCGAGCAACUGCUCGCCACGAGCGAUAUCAUCAGUGUCAAUGUGCCCUUGACUUCAAAGACAAAGCACCUCAUUGGUGCGAAGGAAAUUGCCAAGAUGAAACCUGGAGUUGUGAUCAUUAAUACGGCUCGUGGCGCUAUUAUUGACGAGGCUGCCAUGGCUGAUGCCCUGGAGAGCGGUCAUAUCGCUGCGGUUGGUCUCGAUGUGUAUGAGGAUGAACCUACGAUCAACGGGAAGCUCCUGAAGCAGGAUCGGGCCCUCAUGGUGCCCCAUGUGGGUACUCACACCACUGAAACACUGGCUAAGAUGGAGUCCUGGGCGAUGGAGAAUGUGCGGCGUGCGAUUUCCGGAGAGUCGCUGCUUUCCCCUGUUCCAGAACACCAACACCUUAUUCAAUAG